AUGCACGGCGGCGGGUCCGAGGGGGAUGGAGGCAAAACAAAGACGGGGAACUCCGCGAGGAGUCGCCGGAGAAAGAAGCGUCAAAGUGGUCCUUGCGUCAUGCGGGAUCUCCGCUACACCGUCGUGAAGGAGCACCAUCGCUAUCGCUGGCUGCGGCAGCAACGGCUGCUGGAGUUCACACUCACGCACAUCCACAAUUGCAAGCCGCCAGAGGAGGUGGAUGCACCACCGCAUGUGACGAAGCGUUUUCCGCUCACGUCUAUUACGAAGAUUGGGAUCAAGGGAGAGAAUGCAUUUUACUUCCAUGUCGCUGGUGAUCACACGUACCAUUACUACGCACCGAAAGCCAUUGAGAUUGCCCUCGAAAUCCAACGCUACGUCGCAUCUGCGAAUGCUGUGGCGCUUCUCUUGGAUGCGAAAGACACACAGAGAAGGAUUCUCAUGGAGGAGCUCAUUAUGGGUUCUAUUUCGUUGCCUGGGGCUCGGCAAGGCGCAAAGGACAGUCCAUAUCCGUGGUCCAAUAGGCGCCUAGUAAAGCUACGUUGGGAAAUAAAUAAGGCGUUGAAGAAUGGAACUGUUGCGGGAAGUGAUGAGCUGCAUGACUUAUUUCUUCUCUGGAAGGCAAAGGGCGAGGGAGAUGCGGUGGAUCUGACUGAGUUGCGUCGUGCAUUGGACAUAAUUAAAGAAAAAUGUGUGAGCGAUUUGCUGCAGAGGUGUGUGAAGCCUCCCCGGGCUUCGUUUUGCUCUGAUCUCGCCGUCUGUGUUGAGGAUGUUCUGCAGAGGCAUGUCAUUCAGCCUAACUUUGAAAAAGUGAUGUCUGCCCUCCGGGAAGACGCCACGUUGUUGAAGAAGGAAGUAUUGUUUAACCAACAGCGCGAACUGCUACGGGGCAAGUCCGCGGACGUGUUUGGUCUUCCGAGGGACUUGCGCUCAAUUAACUACAAACUCGUGCGACGCCACUUUGACGCCUUGACAAACUUCAAGAGUCCCAACGACCUCAUAGACCAAGUGGUCAACAUUGCCGCAUGCAUCUACCUGACCGUCUACGUGGCGGCACGGUUCCCCAAGAAGAAUGCCGCAUCGCUGGCAACCCGCUCUAGACUCCGUCACGUUAGCAGGAGCGACGCCGUGGAUGGUCAUGCUCCGCCCUCGCAGCGAAGCAACACACCGACGGAGGCAAAGGUCGCCCUCUCCCUGGCUUUAUGCGAGCCCAGGAGCGCAACCAUGAAGCAUGGGGAGGGGGAGGACAAUGAGGACAGCGAGGUGUACGGAAGUCUUGACGCGUGUUUAAAUCCCAAGGAAGCAUCUGCCGAAUCGUUGCGCGGUAAGACGUGUUUCCCCUCUACUACGGCUGAGUUCACUGGAGAGGAUUCGUUGGAUGACAAAUUUUCAGAAGCCGCAUCCCAGUUGCGCCGCCCUAGUCAAGGCGAGUACCGAGAAAUGGUGUUGUCAAUCAGCCCGGAGGCAUCUGUCGAUAACACUGAGGAGGAGCUCAAUCUCUCUCAACUGCAGUUAGAUUCGGUUCUUGUGGCCCGACUACAUCAUGGAGGUAUUUCCACGGAUGAAAUGCUCCCACUUUUUACACACCUCUUGUGUGAGGUGGAUGCUCCAGAGUUGUGCAUUAUCGAACAUUUUAUUGACCUCUUGCGCGACCCUGAUGACACCUCAGAGCGCGCCUAUUACUUCACGACGCUUGCAGCCGCCAUAAGAAUGGUCUGCGAGAGGCAAGCUUAA